CACACACACACAGACACACUCUCACACAUACUCACAGAGGAAAUCUUUUUCACUCGCGCAGAUGGCUGCUAGCUCACUACUCUCUCCCUCUCUUUCUAUAAGCAGGUGUUAAUAUGCAACACUAAACUAUUAGAGACAGACAGAAAGAGAGAGGGAGAGGGAGGAUAGAGCGAAUGGGAGAGAGUGCUCUUCCCUAACAGUAGCAGAGAGAGAAAAAGUGAGCGAGGGAGAGCAAAAGCCUAAAGAGGGAUCUGCAUGGUAAGUAGCCAGAACAGCGAACACUUAAAAAAACAAAAAAAAACAGCUUUUUGGUGGAGAGAGAGAGAGAAGAAAAGAGGGAUACAACGGAGGAGUCGGGACCCUGUCGACCAGUACCCCUGCCUGGGCACCCUGAUCUGCGGACGAGUGGAGUAAAAAGUGAAUGAAGACGACGGAAAGGAAAGAAGCCGUGAGGAACACAAGGCCGUCAUGGAUAGCACAUAGAGGCUCAGCCAGACGCUAGGAUGGCCUGGAUUCUCACACUGUCGCUGGCAACCGUCCAUCCCAGAAGCUACUGAUACCCAUGAGCUCCCAUGUGUUCUCUCAGUCAUGCUACCCGGGUAUGGAUUCUUCCCUCUCCCUGACUUCCAGCCUCACCUACACGCCUUCCGUUUCCGAGGAAAGAGCCCCAGCAUGUGGAUCCCGGUCUCAGGCGAGUCCCAGGCUUUGAGCGAGGCCCAGGACGACAGGCCUCUCCUGCGGCAGUGCCACCACAAGCACAUCGCUGUGUGUCAGCAGGAGACUCUGACCUUCAUCGAGCUGCAGCCGCCUGUGACCCCCAUCGUCAAAGGCUGGGGCUCCCCUACUGCAGACACCCAGCGCUUCAGCCCGUUGUCUCUGAAUCAUCGCAAACACACGAGUGAAGCACAAAUUGGCAGUGGGAGAAGUAACCCUGAUCGUUACACUAUUACUGAUACAGACCUGAGUUUAGACUCUCAGGCGCUAGGGGGCGAGGUUGAGCUGGUUAUCCAGGAAGAUAGCAGGACUGACCCUCCAGUACAGGAGCAGUGUGAGAGACCCAUGGCAGUGUCAUCUGUGUUUCUUCCCCUCCACGCAGCCCUCAGCCUGCCCCUGUCCUUUCCUCUGUCCUCCAUGUACAGGGACACAGACUCCUGGGACUCUCAGCCACCUGGCUCUCCAUCCUCUCCUGAGCCUCCGUGGCUGCAGAAGCCAGAUACCUGUCGACCACAGAGGAGGUCGUCACAGAGCUCCCUCAAGGAAAAAUCCAUCCGGCGUAAGAUGCGAGUGUACUCACCAGACAGCCUGAGCGACGAAUCUCUGGCCAGCCCCGUUCUGGAAGGCGACUACCUCUUCCCAGGACCCUUCGACUCCUUCCUGGAGGAGGACCUCGGGGGAGACCCUGAAGACGCCACGAGUCCCUCAUCAACAGGGGUUGCCGUAGACCCCCAAACCCCCAACCCCCCAAAGACUCCACCUCUGUCUGCAGAGCCACUACAGUUGUCAGAGGACUCCUCUGUCUUGAACUGUGAGGCUGUACAGAAUUCCUCGGCCACCAGGGGGAGCUCUUUAGUCUGCUCUCGCAUGGCGGAACACGAGCGGCGGCGCUUCUCUGCCUCUGAGCUGAUCUCACGGCUGCAGCUGUCCCAGAGGAAGAACUCGUUCACGUUAAAGCUGGGCAAGUCGCUGUCGGCUCGCGUGGCUUCCCGUGACAGGCAGACCUCCAGCAACCUCAGCUCUGACUAUAAAUCCACUUCCAGGCACCGUGGCUCAGGUGGUUCCAGUCACAGCGCCCCCCACAGUCCUGUAGGACCUGUACCGCCACUGCCCUCUGCUGACAAUAACAUGCAACAACAUCGACGGAGCACCGGAUUCACAAUCAAAAAUAUGAGGAAGAAAUCCAUCGAGGAGGAUUGGUGCACUCCUCCCACAAUCAGCAGCUCCAAUCGUCUGUCACGGUUUCUCCCCAGCUCAAUUCUGUACCAGGAGUACUGUGACGUUGCAAUCAACCGAGAAAUCCAGAGACAGCAGGGUGCUGAGGAGGAGGGGCUAAGGGUGAAAGGGGCUGGGGAGAUCCCAUCUCCGUCCAAUCUUUCUCCGUCUAGCUCCUUUCGCUCGUCACAAGGCUCCACCUUCUCCCUGUGGCAGGACAUCCCUGAUGUCCAGACCAGCGAUCAGCUGGACAACUUCAGCAACGAGGAGCGCAAACUACAGGAGGCCAAGUUUGAGCUAGUGACGUCUGAGGCGUCGUACAUCCGGAGCCUGGCCAUCGCAGUAGACCACUUUAUGCUGUCCCAGGAGCUGGGGGAGUGUCUGGGGACCCAGGACAGACAGUGGCUCUUCUCCAAGCUCCCAGAGGUCAAGGACGUCAGUGAGCGGUUCCUGCAGGACCUGGAACACAGGCUGGAGGAGGACAUCUUGCGUUUUGACGUGUGUGACAUCGUCCUGGCCCACUGUCCCGCCCUGCGCAGGGUCUACCUCCCCUACGUGACCAACCAGGCCUACCAGGAACAGACCUACCAGCGCCUGUUACAGGAGAAUGCUCGCUUCCCAGGUAUCCUGGCUCGUUUGGAGGAAGACCCCAUCUGCCAGCGUCUUCCCCUCGCCUCCUUCCUCAUCCUUCCGUUCCAGAGGAUCACACGGCUUAAGAUGCUGGUGGAGAAUAUCCUAAAGAGGACAACACCAGGCUCUAGAGAUGAGGACACAGCCACCAAGGCCUUCAAUGAACUGAAAAAGCUUAUAAAGGAGUGUAACUCCAGUGUGCAAUCAAUGAAGAGGAUGGAAGAGCUCAUUCACCUCAAUAAGAAGAUCCACUUCGAGGGCAAGAUAUUCCCUCUGAUCUCGCAGUCUCGCUGGCUGGUCAAACACGGAGAACUGCUGGAGGUGGACACACAGACCAUGAGUAUUUCUGGGUCAAAGUUCAAGUUGCCCACAAGGCCUGUGUAUCUGCAUCUGUUCAAUGACUGUCUUCUGCUGUCCAGGAGAAAGGACACGUGGAAGUUCAUGGUGUUUGUUCACGCUAAGAUUGGGCAGCUGAAGGUGAAGGACCUCAAUCAGAAGCUCCAGGGCAUCUCAGGCUUCAUCUUCCACCUGCAGCUGUGUGAGGGCCAGCAGCUCAAACACCAGAUCCUGCUCAAGGCCCACACUGAGAGUGGGAAACAGAGAUGGAUCACGGCCAUGUUCCCGUAUGAUCCAUUGGAAGACAUUGAGCAGGCCAGUGAGAAUGAUGAUCUUUCUCAAGUUCAAUGCAUCAAGAGCUACCAGGCCCAAGAGCAUGACGAGCUAACAUUGGAGAAGGCUGAUAUUCUUCAAGCCAAGACCAUUACAAGUGACGGUUGGGUGGAGGGCAUUCGGCUGUCAGAUGGGGAGCGGGGCUGGUUCCCCAAAACCAACGUGGAGGAGAUCACAAAUCGCAGUGCGCGUCUCCGCAACCUCAGAGAAAACAUUCGCAUCAAGUGUGUCACACAGAAACUGGAGGAGGAGCACUUUUAAGUGUCCUCGCCACCCUGCAGCUUUUAAUUUACACUUGGAAUGUCCAAUCGUAACAGUGUAGCAACUCUCAACCCCAAGUAUCUAUAAGACCCAGCUUUUACGCAACACCAGUUAUACAAUAGCUGAGCAGUUUUAGGUGAUCUGGAUGUGGGAGCUUUAUUUAGUCUGCAGGUGCCAAAGACUUGGCAUGUCUUGACCAUAAGCAAUAGGGUUAAGUAAUAUGGUUUUCCAGCUGCAUAGCAGUAAUUUCCUUUCACACAUGCUUGCUAUGACUGCAUAUUCAACUACUGUAAAACAACUACUGGGACAUCAGAAAUCAAGUGUUUUUCUUUGCCCCCAAGCACUGUAAUUGUCAUCUUAAAGAGUCCUCUCAGCAUCAGGAAUAAACACAAUUUCAGACAUACUGUACAUUCAAAGCAUGACUAGCCUACUAAUUUACUAAUGCAAAAAGUAAAUUUCAACAAAACAUUGAGAAUUACAGAGUUUGUACAUCUUCCCUGUGAUUUGACAGUGAGAGCUGUUUACGCGUAGACAAAAAUUAAGAUGUAAGCACAUAAUAUUAUUGACCAACCACUACUACCAUCUACAUGUAGAUGUACACCAUUCCAGUGGCACAUUAUUAUUAUUAUUAAUAAAUAUACCUUUGUUGGAUUUCUGAGUUGUUAGUACUAAUUUAAAUGAUUGCUGUUGCAGCAUGUGUAUUUGUUUAUGCUCCUAGCUGGUUAUUCUCUAUGGAGAAAAUGAUGUAAAUUUACAUUCUGUAGAUGUACUUACAUGUUUAAAUGAAUAUAUGGCUAAUUUACUAUUAUGACUGUAAUUUAUAAGGGAUCUACCAAAAACAUGCCAUACCAUCAUAACAAAUAUUAGAAUUGAGAAAUAUAGAUUACAAAAGACUAAUAAUACAUGUGAGCUACUUGAGAUUUCUGGUUGUGAGCACAAUACUGUAAAUGCUUUACCCCUGAAAUAAAUGCAUAUACUUACAUUUUCAGUGCUUUAUAUGACUACUGAAAAUGUUUUAUUCAAUAAAACAGUAUGUAGGUGAAA